AUGAAGAAAGAUGGAGGUGAUAAUAAAACAUUGCCAAAUAAGGAAAUGAACAAUUUCCGAAUGAUAACUCAGAUGAUAGAAUUAAAAAAAUAUAAAAAGGCACUUAAAACAUGCGAACAAAUACUUAAAAAAUAUCCUAAAAAUGGUGAAACAUUAUCAGUAAAAGGGUAUUUGCUGAACCUAAUAGAUGAGAAUAACAAAGAUGAAGCAUUUAAAUAUGCAAAAGAAGGUAUAAAAAAUAAUUUAUCGAGUAGUUUUUGUUGGUAUUUAUAUGGAUGUUUAUAUAAAAAUUAUAAAAAUUAUGAGGAAGCAUUGAAAUGUUAUAUGAAAUCAAUUCAGUUAAAUAGGAAUGACCAUAAAGCAAUAAAAGAGGCAUCCAUUAUUUUAUUACAUUUAAAAAAAUAUGAACAAUUUAAAGAUUUGCGUAUAGAUACUUAUAAAGAAAGUGCAAAAGGUCCAAAAGAUAAAGCUCUUAUUAUAUUUUCAUACCAUUUGUUAAAACAGUAUGAAAAGUGUCAUUAUCUUAUUAAACAAGUAGAAGAAGAUUUAUCUAAAAUAGAUGUAGGAAAUGGUAAUCUCGAUAAAAUGAAUAAUAGUAAUAUCAUAACGGAAAACGAAAAACAUCAGCUAUUAGUUUAUAUGUCAGAAAUACUAUUAGAAGGGAAAAUGUACAAAGAGUGUAUACAAUUUUUAAACAAACAUAAACAACUUGAAAAUGACAAAUUAUGGUAUAAUCAAAUGCUAGGUUUAAUAUACUUAUAUGAAAAUGAUAUGUCGCAAGCCAAUAAAUAUUUUAAGGAAGCCUUUUCAGUAAAUUCAGAAAAUUUAAAUAUACUUUUGUUAAUCUUGUUUACUGAAAAAGAAAUAUAUAUUGAUGGAGAAAAAAGCACUGACAAUAAUAAAAGUGGAAAUGUGUCAUUAUCCAAUUUGUUUUAUCUUGACUAUAAAGAUGAACAUAAAAUGAACGAAGAAGUUAAAAUAAACAAAAAUACAAAGGUACUGUUACAUGAAUCGAUUUUAUAUAUAUAUGGAUCUAAUAGAAAUUUAAAACUAUUAUCAUAUAUUAAUAAAAACAUAUUAAAUGAUUAUGUGUGUCAUAAUCUUGGAAUGAAAAAGUAUGACAUAUACACAGUGUCUGAAUUAAAAAAUAAUACAAAUAUAAAUCCAAUAAACCCUGAAAACUUUAAAAAGGGAAUCGACGAAAAUAGCAUAGAUAAAUUUAUAGAAUUGUUAACAGAAGAUAUAGAGAAAGAAUGCCAAAAUAUAAAUAAUAUUGCGACGGAAAAUUAUAAUAUUAUUCAAUGGUCAAACAAAAUAGGAUUUGAUUUAUUUUAUUAUCCCAAAAAAAAAGUAGAAAAAUCUAUGGAUAUUUUAUAUUUUUAUAAAAUAAAAAAUUUAAAUGAUAAAGAAGAGAAAUGCUUUGAAACAUAUUUUACCAAUUUACAAAAUAAAUAUGAAAAUUCAAAUUUAUUAAAAAUAUUCCCUUUAUAUUUUUAUAAUGAAAUAAAAUUCUCUUACUAUAUAGAAAAGUUAUUCCGAAAUUUAUGUUUUCAAAAAUGUUUUACCAUAUUUAAUUAUUUAAAACCAAUUCUUACGUAUAAAAAUGUUAAAAUAUUGCUUUUUCUAUUGCAUAAAUAUAUAAAGAAUUAUGAUAAGACCAAUAAAUUGUGUGAGUUUGAUAGUGAUUAUAUUUUAAGAGAUAAAAACUCAAAUUCUUAUGUCAUAAAUAAUUUUGAGAAAAAUGAUUUCGAAAAAAGAGAAGAUUCUAUUAAUAAUGAAACUCUCAAUAUACAUUCAGACAAAAAUAAUAAUAAUAAUUUUCAAAACUGUUUAGAUAAAAAUAAAACAUCGGAAGAAGGAAGCUGUUGUAAUGGCAUAUCAGAAAUAAAUAAUAAUAAAUAUGAUGAAGUAGAAAGUGAGGCAAAUUCUGUGUUUAAUGAAAAAAAUAAAAUGAAGGAUGUAAUUGGAUCAUCUUCUUCACUAGGAAUGUAUGUAGAAGGAAUGAAAAAUGAAAACAUAGAUAAUAAAAAUAAAAUAGACAAAGGAACCACAACCCAGCUUAAAGAUAAAAAACUAAAAGAAGAAAUAAAACCAAAAUUGAAUAAAAAAACUUUAACUAAAGAAGAAAGAGACGAGCAUUUUAUGCUUUGUAUUUAUUCAUUUAUAAGUCAAUUAUAUGAUUAUAUUAAUUCUGCAAAAGACUCUUUAUAUUUUAUAGAUAAAUGUAUAAAUAGUAUUAAAUAUAAAAUUAAUGAAGAGUUCAAAUAUGAAUUAAUUUUUAUUAAAGGAUUAAUUUAUAAAAGAAAUGGAAACUACCUAAUGGCAUAUAAAUAUUUAGAUAUAUGUAGAAAUCAUAAUAUUGGUGAUAGAUUUAUAAAUUCGAAAACAGUUAAAACGGGCUUAAAAUGUGGACUUAUAAAAUAUUCAAGAAAAAUAGCUACAAUUUUUACUAACCCGUUAGAUAACAAUUUUUUAAAAAAUAUAACUGACACUCAAUGUUUUUGGAUUGAGUAUGCAUUAGCCUUAAGCUAUUUUAACAGACAUAUGAAUAUACAUCUAAAUAAAUCUAUUAGUAAGGAAGGAGAAAAUAUUUAUCAAUUUAAAACAGAUUCAUCAAAUGAUGUAUCUAACGAUAUAUCUGGAUUAAAUUUGGGUCAAGUUAUUUCAGAUGAAAAUGGAAGUGAACAAAUUACACUAAACUUAAAAGUUAUAGCAGAUAAUGAUCUUCUUGCACGAAAUGAAUAUAAUGAUUAUAACAAAUCACUAUUUUUUUUGCAUCUAGGACAUAAACAAUUUAUUGAUAUACAUGAAGAUUAUUUAUGCUUCUAUUAUUAUGUGUUAAGAAAAGUUUUGUACAGAUCAUAUAGACACUUGCUAUAUAUGUCUAGUCAUAUUUUUUCUAGCCGAUUUUACAGAAGGUUUGGAAAAUUAUUAAUUAGAAUUUGUUUACAUAUGAACGAUAUUGGAAUCAAACCUAAAAUUGAUCAGAGCAAAAAUAAUAAAAAAAAAAAUAAGCCUACUACUAUACCGCACCCUACUGAAGAUAAAGAAAUUUAUGAGCAUAUGAAAAAAGAGCCCUUAGAAAACGCGAUGAUAUAUAUGAAUACAUUUUUAUCACAACCUAAUGCAGAUAUUUCUGUAUAUGCUUUGAAUUAUGAGAUUGAAAGGAGAAGAGGAAAUGACUAUAUCAAACUUAUCAACAUAAUUCAUGAGAUAAAAAAAUUAUUCCCUCAUCAUAAUUAUUAUUACAAACUAGGACCGUUAAUAUCCCAUUAUUUGUAUGCAGUAUCCAAGGACAAGGUUGAUGAUGAAAAAAUGAAAGAAAUUACAAACAAAUUGAAUAAUAUUUUGGGAUUAAAUUAUGAUACAUAUAAUGAGGAAAUUCUAAGGAAAGAGAGAGCAAACUAUAUCAAUAAUUUUAUGAAAUUUUUUAAUGAAAAAAAAAAAGGAGAUUUAAGAUAUUUACAGUCAGCUUUCGAAAUUUACACACAUUGUAAUGAAAAAAUAAGCAACGACAUUUUAUUAAAUGAAUAUAUGGACCCAAGAAAAAACAAAUUAGGAAGGUGCUUCAAAUUUUUUACAUUUUUAAUUAAUCACAAAAAAACACAUUCAGAGUUAUCAGAAGCAACAAAUCGAUUUAAGGAAAUGUGUAAAGAGACAUACCCUUUGGCAACCGCAUUUCAGUAG